GCUGUUAGUGUCCGCGUCUCCGCCUCGACAUGAAGGCACCGCCGCUGUUGGCGGCCUGGACGCUGCUGGUCGCCGCCCUCGCCCUCCUCGCCCUCCGGCUGCCCAGCGGGGUCACAGCGACGGCCGGCGGGGGCGCCUGUCAACGGGGCACCAACUUCCAGGGCGACCUGAUCAAGCACACGCACGAGUACCGGUUUGUGGAUCUGAGUGGAACUGUGACGUUGGCAUGGGUCGGCGAUGGAACUGGUGUGCUCUUAGCAUUAACCACAUUUCGGGUGCCCUUCUUGGGAAUUAAAUUUGGACAGUCACGGCUGUACAGAAGCGAUAAUUACGGGAAGAACUUCUCUGAUAUUACAAAAUACAUCAACAAUACUUUCAUUCGCACUGAAUUUGGAAUUGCUAUUGGUCCUGAAAACUCUGGAAAGGUGAUCCUUACAGCUGAUGUGUCUGGAAAGAGCAGUGGAGGAAGAAUAUUCAGAUCAAGUGACUUAGGAAAGAAUUUUAUCCCCACAAACCUUCCUUUCCACCCACUGUUGCAAAUCCUUUAUCAUUCAACGGAUUCAGAACAUCUGCUGGCAUUAAGCAUAUACAACGUGUUGUGGUUUUCCUCUGAUUUUGGUGAAUCGUGGAAAAAGAUUCAUGACUUUGUGUGUCUUGUUAAGUGGGGACCAAAUAAUACAAUUUUCUUCACUACCCAUCUGAAUGGAUCUUGCACUGCAAGGGGCUUGUUGGAGCUUAGAAGAACGGAUGAUUUUGGAAGUACAAUCAAGAUACUUGCAUCAAAAAUUUACUCAUUUGGACUAGGAGGGUGUUUCCUCUUCGCUUCAGUUAUGACAAACAAGGGCAGUCUAAGGGCCCUCCAUGUAUCCAAGGAUAUGGGAGACACCUGGAAUAUGGCGCAGUUGCCGCACGUAAGCGCUGAACAGUUCUACUCCAUUCUGGCUGCUAACGAUGACAUGGUAUUUAUGCAUGUCGACGAUCCUGGUGACACGGGCUUUGGCACCAUUUACGCUUCAGAUGAUCGUGGAAUAGUGUAUUCGAAAUCUCUUGAGAGACACUUGUACACAACGACAGGAGGCGAGACCGAUUUCACAAAUAUUACUUCACUGCGUGGCGUGUACGUUAGUAGCGUGCUAGCGGAAGAUGGUUCUGUUCAGUCUGUCAUUACGUUUGACAGAGGCGGAGAGUGGCAGCCCUUGAGAAAACCAGAGGACAGUGACUGUGACUCAACUGCCAAAAAUAAGGAUGAGUGUAGUCUGCAUAUCCAUGCAUCCUACAGCAUCUCACAGAAACUCAACGUGCCAAUGCCUCCGUUGUCUGAACCCAAUGCUGUCGGUUUGAUCAUAGCACACGGGAGUGUUGGGGAUGCCAUCUCGGUAUUGGUCCCAGACGUGUACGUGUCUGAUGAUGGUGGCUACUCUUGGUUUAAGGCUCUAAAGGGACCCCAUUACUACGCCAUUCUGGACUCUGGGGGCUUGAUAGUUGCCGUGGAGCACACUGUAUACAAAGGUGUUGAUGAAAUAAAGUUUUCAAUUGAUGAAGGCCAGUGCUGGUAUUCCUAUCAGUUCACCAAGCAACCAAUUGUCUUCACUGGCCUUGCAUCAGAACCAGGAGCUAAGUCAAUGAACGUCAGCAUCUGGGGAUAUGUGGACCUCAUCAUUACACAAUACUGGGUAUCUUUCACCAUCGACUUUGAAGAGCUCCUUACAAGAGAUUGUUCUGAUGAUGACUACAUCCAAUGGCUUGCUCAUUCCAGUAACGUUAACGACCCUAACGAUGGCUGCAUGUUGGGUUACAAGGAGAAAUUCCGUCGCUUGAGGAAGUCCUCCAUCUGCCGCAACGGGCACGACUAUGUCGUCAACAAGCAGCCCAAUGUCUGUCUCUGCACCCUGGGCGACUAUCUGUGUGAUUUUGGAUACUAUCGAAAGGAGAAUAGUCUGGAAUGCAUAGAACAGUCGGAUCUACGAGGCCACGACCUGGAGUUCUGCUUACAAGGAAAGAAAGAAAUAUUGAAGACCAAUGGAUACCGGAAGAUUCCUGGAGACCAGUGUUCCGGAGGCGUGAAAGUGGAUCGCACUGUGAAAGAUAUCAGCAAGAAGUGUGUCAGUAACUUGAUCGAACCGAUGGAACUGCUCGAUGCACACAGCACUAGCUCUCUGCCAAUCAUUGUCACGGUUAUAGCAUUUUUGCUGAUUCUGAUCAUCGUUGGAGUGGUCGUCAUUAAGAAAUAUGUAUGUGGUGGACGAUUUUUGGUGCAUCGGUACUCGGUCCUACAGCGGCAGGUGGAGGCAACUGCUGAUGAUGAACUGGACACAUCUGUACCCGUCAAUAAACCAGAGUUCCACGAUGACUCCGACGAGGAUCUUCUGGAGUAGAAAAUAAUAUUUUUGAAGUUACGAUGAUGCUGCUCUUGCCGUACGAACAUCACCGUAGUUCUUCGAGAUGUUGCUGCCUCUACCCGACCUUCCCUGAAGACUAAAUUCUAGUUUGAGUGCAGGCGCUGGUGAUGUGACGAUGUUUUAAUGAUCGUGGUGUUUCUACAUCUGCGAUCACAUGAGACUAUAUUGUAUCCUGGUUUACUGGAAUUGCUUUAGAUAGCCUUGUUCUGAGGAGGAGGAGUGAGAGGUGAGAAGAGAUUGUGCUGACCAGAGGGGUCUCUUUUUUUUCUUAACGAGGGGGAAACUUUUGUUUGUGAUUUUUGGAUUUCUUUUUUUUUGAGCUUUAAAAAAAAUCUUGCUUCUGGGUACAUAAUGCUCUAAUGAACAUAUUUUUAUAUGACUGCCGUUCUUGACAAAAGACUGCACUAACUUUAUUUUGUGCUGAGACUAAUUGUGUCGCAGGUUUAAUGAAUAGAAAAGUAUUUGUAGACCGAUGCAAAUAGUGCAACGUGAAAAGUGCCACUGACUCCAGAGCCCAGAUACACUUCCAUGCUGGCGUUUCAAAAGCAGCAUUGCUGCUGCGCUUCUCCCAAAACUACUCCAUGUCACCUAACUUUUCUUUAUUGGUCCGGGAAUCUAUCUUGUUUUACACGUUUAAUUAGGCAACUUGAGUCCUGAAAGGCAGUGUUCAAAUAGGAACUCUCUUAUAGAGAUAUUACUCUGUGUACAAGGACUAAAUUAGAGAUGCACAAACUGGCACAUACAGUGCCCACCAUAAUGUUUGCGACAAAGACCCAUCAUUUAUUUAUUUGCCUCUGUACAAUUUGAGAUUUGUAAUAGAAAAAUUCACAAUUGGUUAAAGUGCACAUUGUCAGAUUUUAAUAAAGGCCAUUUUUAUACAUUUUGGUUUCACCAUGUAGAAAUUACAGCUGUGUUUAUACAUAGUCCCUACAUUUCAGGGCACCAUAAUGUUUGUGACACGGCAAUGUAAUGCGAAUAAAAGUAGUCAUAUUUAGUAUUUUGUUGCAUAUCCUUUGCAUGCAAUGACUGCUUGAAGUCUGCGAUUCAUGGACAUCACCAGUUGCUGGGUGUCUUCUCUGGUGAUGCUCUGCCAGGCCUGUAUUGCAGCCAUCUUUAGCUUAUGCUUGUUUUGGGGGCUAGUCCCCUUCAGUUUUCUCUUCAGCAUAUAAAAGGCAUGCUCAAUUGAGUUCAGAUCGGGUGAUUGACUUGGCCACUCAAGAAUUGACCAUUUUUUAGCUUUGAAAAACUUCUUUGUUGCUUUAGCAGUAUGUUUGGGAUCAUUGUCAUGCUGUAGAAUGAACCGGCAGCCAAUGCGUUUUGAGGCAUUUGUUUGAACUUGAGCAGAUAGGAUGUGUCUAUACACUUCAGAAUUCAUUAUGCUACUACCAUCAGCAGUUGUAUCAUCAAUGAAGAUAAGUGAGUCAGUACCUUCAGCAGCCAUACAUGCCCAGGCCAUAACACCCCCACCACCGUAUUUCACAGAUGAGGUGGUAUGCUUUGGAUCUUGGGCAGUUCCUUCUCUCCUCCAUACUUUGCUCUUGCCAUCACUCUGAUAUAAGUUAAUCUUCAUCUCAUCUGUCCACAAGACCUUUUUCCAGAACUGUAGUUGCUCUUUCAGGUACUUCUUGGCAAACUAUAACCUGCCCAUCCUAUUUUUUUGCAGCUAACCAGUGGUUUGCAUCUUGCAAUGUAGCUUUUGUAUUUUUGUUCAUGAAGUCUUCUGUGGACAGUGUGAUAACGUUCCUUUACUUAAAAACAGACAACACACAAUGGGUUAGGUAAACCAACUCGAGCGUUACUGAAUCAUCCUCAUCGGAAGUGUCGGGGAUACACCAGUCAAGUAAGCAACAGACACUCGACUUCCCCGAGCCACCGCUUCAAUGAACAUUAUACUGUGUGUCACUUAGUCAUAUUCCAAAGCCAUUAGUCAUGGUCACAAGAUGCAGCCAAUAUAUAUCACUUCAGGACCAGUCUGAGCUUGCCUCUUUAUCAGUUGGUACUUUCCCACUAGAGAAAGCCUGCUUAAGAAGAAAUACAAAGCUACAAAAUAGUCCCUUAAUGUAUCUAUUAUAUAUUUAAAGCAGGUGGUCAUUGACAAAUCCACACCUGAAGAGUGUUUCUGAUUUGUCGUAAAAGUGUUUGGGGAUUUUUCUUUAUUAUAGUAAAGAAGUUACACCAGUGCUCUCUUUCUUCUUAAUGAUGUUCCAAACAAUUGAUUUUCGUAAGCCUAAUGUUUGGCUGAUGUCUCUAACAGUUUUAUUCUUGUUUCUCAGUCUCAUAAUGGCUUAUUUGACUUUCAUUGGCACAACUUUGGUCCUCAUGUUGAUAAACAGCAAUAAAAGUUUCUAAAGGUGAUGGAAAGACUGGAGGAAGGACUAGGCGCUGAGAGCUCUCUUAUACCUGCAUUAAGGAGGCAAUUAAACACACUUGAACAAUUACAAAUGCCUGUGAAGUCAUGUGUCCCAAACAUUAUGGUGCCCUGAAAUGGGGUGGUCUAUGUAUAAACACUGCUGUAAAUUCUACAUGGUGAAACCAAAAUGUAUAAAAAUGGCCUUUAAUAAAAUCUGACAAUGUGCACUUUAACCACAUGUGAUUUUUUUUUUCUAUUACAAAUCUGAAGUUGUGGAGUACAGAGGCAAGUAAAUAAAUGAUGGGUCUUUGUCCCAAACAUUAUGGAGGGCACUGUAGAUGGGAAUUGUAUUAAAUGAGAUGUACUGUUGAUUUGGGAGUUAAUUCACCACUAAAGUGUUAUGGGUCAUGAGCCCUGACGACACAGCUAAUGUGAGUAUUUUCACAUUUAGAAUAAAUCCUAAUCAAUUGGCGAAUGUGAUUUAAUUUUUAAUUAAACUUCAAUGCUUGUGUCCUGGCCUGCUAUACUUUUUCUGUUUUUUUUUUUUUGUUUUUUUUUCAUUGCUGCUAUUAAAAAAAAGGCAUAUUUAAAAAGUGAAUACAAUAAAUUAACAUUGAAUAAAUUAACAUCUGAUUCA